UUCGAUCGCCAAUCCUAUUACGCAACUGCAGGAUAGAAAUUAACCUUGCUAAAAGCGCAAAUAACAUUUAAUCAAUCAAUCAAUUAUACUCUCUAACUGUGACUGUGCUUUUUUUUCUUCUUUCGAUUCCUAGCAACCGUUGCUAUCUUUGUUUACAAACAUAUUUUAUUCUGCUUGAAAAGAAAAAUUAUUCCUCAUGAAUUAUUAGCUAGUAAUAUUUUUUCUUUCUAUAAAAUAUGACUCAUAUCAACGAUGGAGAAUAUACCAAAGUUAUUUAUGGCAUGAUCAAAGAAGGUUUAUUUAAAGAAGCUAUUGCUGUGCUCAAUCAACAAUUUCAAGCUAAUCCCAAUUCUAGGGCUGCUUUGUCUCUUCUUGGUUAUUGCUAUUACUUUACACAAGAUUUUGUAAAUGCUUCCAACUGCUAUGAACAUUUAACUUCCGUUUGCCCAGAAGUGGAUGAUUAUAAAUUGUAUUAUGCCCAGUCUUUGUACCAAGCUUGUUUUUAUCAAGAAGCCAUGAAAGUAACUUGUCAGAUUGACAACCCAUCAUAUCAAGCAAAGAUUGUAAAACUACAAGCUGCCAUAAAAUAUGGUGAAGAGGAAUUAGCUGCUGCUAAAAGCCUAGUUGAUCAAAGUCCUGCCGGUGACCCUGACACAGAAGUUAAUUUGGGAUGCCUAUUAUUCAAGGAGGGACGAUAUGAAGAAGCUUGCAAGAAAUUCAUGACUGCAAUGCAAGUUGAAGGUUAUGUCCCAGAUCUUUCAUACAAUAUUGCUCUUUGUUAUUAUCGUUUGAAACAAUAUGCCCUUGCAUUAAAACACAUAGCAGAAAUCAUUGAAAGAGGAAUCAGAGAACAUCCAGAAUUAAGUGUUGGAAUGAAUACCGAAGGAAUUGAAGUCCGUAGUGUUGGGAAUACUAUAACUCUCCAUGAAACUGCACUUAUUGAAGCUUUUAAUCUUAAAGCUGCUAUUGAAUAUCAAUUAAAGAAUUUUGAUGCAGCUAAAGAAGCCCUCACUGAUAUGCCUCCUCGGGGAGAAGAAGAAUUAGAUCCUGUUACUUUACACAAUCAAGCUCUGAUGAAUAUGGAAACCCAUCCUACUGAAGGAUUUGAAAAGCUUCAGUUUCUCAUACAGCAGAGUCCAUUUCCUCCAGAAACUUUUGGUAACUUGCUGUUAUUGUAUUGCAAACAUGAGUACUAUGAUCUGGCUGCUGAUGUUUUGGCCGAAAAUGCUCAUCUGACAUAUAAAUAUUUAACUCCUUACUUGUUUGAUUUCCUUGAUGCUUUGAUUACACAACAAACUUCACCAGAAGAAGCAUACAAAAAAUUCGAUGAAAUGGCAGCACGUCAUAUUGAGACAUUAAGAAAGCUAACAAAACAAGUGCAGGAAGCUCGUCAGAACCAUGAUGAUGAAGGUGUAAAAAAAGUUGUAAAUGAAUGUGAAGAGGCUUUAGAAAGAUACAUACCCGUUUUGAUGGCGCAAGCAAAGAUUUAUUGGGAUAUGGAAAAUUAUCAACAGGUGGAGAAAGUUUUUCGAAAAUCUGUUGAAUUUUGCAAUGAUCAUGAUGUGUGGAAACUUAAUGUUGCACAUGUACUUUUCAUGCAAGAGAACAAAUUUAAAGAAGCGACUGGUUUUUAUGAGCCUAUUGUUAAAAAGAAUUAUGAUAAGAUUUUGAAUGUGAGUGCAAUAGUUUUGGCUAAUUUAUGUGUAUCGUACAUUAUGACUUCUCAAAAUGAAGAGGCUGAAGAAUUGAUGAGGAAAAUUGAAAAGGAAGAAGAACAACUAGCUUAUGAGGAACCUGAUCGAAAGAUCUUUCAUCUCAGUAUUGUGAAUUUAGUUAUUGGAACUUUGUAUUGUGCAAAAGGCAACUAUGACUUUGGAAUUUCUCGUGUUAUUAAAAGCUUAGAACCAUAUGGAAAGAAACUUGGAACUGAUACCUGGUUUUAUGCUAAACGAUGCUUUCUCUCACUCCUAGAGAAUUUGGCAAAACAAGUUUUUGUCAUAAGAGAUGCUGUGCUAUAUGAUUGUUUACAGUUCUUUUCUCAAUGUGAAGCAUAUGGAAGAAAUGUUAAAGUUGCAAUGGAGCAACCUCUGGACAAUUUACCCAUUCACGCUGGCAAAAAUACAGUCACAUAUGAAGCAAGGCUGCUGAAAUCUAUUCUUCUUGAAAUUAUGGAAUAAUUUUAAAAGCAAUAUUGAUUCAUCUAAAAUGCCUUUUAACCGUCCAUAUAUAUACACAUUCAAUUAUGAAUGAUGUUUAGUUUUGUAAGAUUGCUAACAAAAAAAGUUUAAGAAAGAAACACAUUAGGAUAGCAAAAAUCCAUUUCUGUAAUAUUUAUAAAAGAUGACAAAUAUGUUUGCUAUUAUGUUAAUGCUGUUUUGGCUUCUACUUAGACCUGUUAAGUUUUUCUAUAUUUAAUUUAUAUUACAUAAUGGUUUUUUUUAACUGUUUUAAUAUAUGUACAAUAUUAAUUUUAAAUUAAUAUAACUUGCUAUUUAGUGAGAAUACAUAUGUUUUUCUUUUAUUGUUGUUAUGUGUGCUUACUAAUAAUACUUAGAAUCUAGUCAUAUAAUUAAGAUAACUUUUUUAGAUGUGCCAAUUGUGUUAUGUAUAUUACUUAUGUAUCAUUAUACAAUUUUGUUUACUUACUUUAAAACUAGUCUGUUUUUUAAAUAAAAAUACUUAUAUCACAAUGUAAA